AGGCUACAGCGAGAGCGCCUUCGGCCACGCCAUCACGGCAGCUGGAGUCACCCACAGCGUCGCCCGCGCAUGCGCAGCUGGGCGCCUCCAUAACUGCUCCUGCGGCAUGGUACGAGGCAAGAGAGCGUGGAAGUGGUCCGGAUGCCACGACAACACCCGGUUCGGUGCCAGGUACUCGAGGCACUUCCUGGACGUGCGGGAGAGAGCCAAGGAUAUGAUUUCAUUCACGCACCUCUAUAACAACGAGGUCGGCAGAAAGCUGGUCCGCCGCAACAGAGAAGUCCGAUGUAAGUGCCACGGGAUGUCCGGCUCCUGCGAAGUCCGGACUUGCUGGAAGGCCGCCCCUGACUUCCGCAUAGUGGGCGACAUGCUGAAGGAGAAGUACUGGAAGGCGAAGUCGGCAGCUAGUGAAGUCUUCGGGAAUUCGGCCAACACGGCGAGCAUGUACCGGCCCGUCAGGAGGGAGAUCAGCCCGGACUCCCCUCUGCUGUAUGUCGAGCGGUCCCCUACGUUCUGCGAAGUCGACGGUCGCCUCGACGUGGCCGGGACGGAGGGUCGACACUGCAACCGUAACUCGACGGGUCCGGACUCGUGCGAUUCCCUGUGUUGCGGCCGCGGCUACGACCAGCAGCGGCAGAAGGUCAGCCGGAAGUGCCACUGCCGUUUUAAGUGGUGCUGUCAUGUCACUUGUCAAGACUGCUCCGAGGAGAAGUGGAUUUCCGUGUGCAAGUGAACUCGAUGAAGACUUAAUCGUGAUUCAAAUUUUCCUUCGAGAGGUGCAGUCGUUCUGAUCCGAGACUAUGAGAGACCUUCGACGUUCUCUGUGCCAUGGAUUAUAAUUACGCACAGUGCUUGAGACAGACAAAGUGCUUGAAAGAGAAAGAGACAGAUAGAGAGAGAAAGAGAGAGAUAACAGAUAUAUUAAUGCAGUGCGAAUAGUGCUUAACGAAUAGAAACAUUGGUCGUGCUUUGUCGAAGGACCCAAGACACACAAGGAAAAUGUCAAAAGUUGAAACAAUACUUAAGGACUUAUUGAUAUAUUUAGGUCAAAGACUUCUACAAAACUAUUUCCUAUGGCGAUUCUGGUUGUGACUUCAGGAUGACAUCAGUACUUGGCUAUCGUGGAAUCUAAAUGUAAAUACAAUAUUUAAGUAUCCUUGAAAAGAAAUGCAGCAUUUAUUGCAGAAAUCCGAAUAGCAAGUGUCAAGUGCAAAUAAUAUUUUUUGAUAAA